AUGGUGCGCAGCGCCACGAGGCUGAGCAGAACAACUCGAGAGUGGGUUGGUGGCUUUGCCUGGGAGAACUGCGGUGAUGGAAAGGACCCUGUGGUGCUGCGGAGCCUCUCCGUGGCACCCGACCCCAUCAGCAUCCCGGGGAGCCUGCGCGUCAGCGCGGCCGCCAGCAGCAGCAAGACCAUGGCCUCCCCUCUGAAGGCCGUGCUGGUGGUGGAGAAGGCACUGGGCGACCUCUGGAUCCAGCUGCCCUGCAUCGACCAGCUGGGCAGCUGCACCUACAACGAUGUCUGCACCAUCCUCGACAACCUCAUCCCGCCCGGCACGACCUGCCCGGAGCCCCUGCUCACCUACGGCAUCCCCUGCCACUGCCCCUUCAAAGCGGGCUCCUACUCUCUGCCCGCCAGCGACUUUGACCUUCCCGAUGUGGAGCUGCCUGCCUGGAUGACCAACGGCAACUACCGUGUCCGGGCGGCCGUCAGCAGCGGUGGGCAGGAGCUCGCCUGUGUCAAGCUGGCCUUCUCCCUGCAGUCCCAGUGAGGGGUGGGGCUGUCCCUCCUCUCCUUGCCACCUUGGUCCCCUUGUCCCAUCCCAUCCAGUUGCACCUCAUCUCAUCCCU